AUGGGCUCCUUUGGUCACAAUUUUCUUGACAGAGUACAAGAACUUUACUCUUCUGAGGGGAGUCGCCGCUGGAAUCGUCUUUGUCGCGAAAAUCACUGGGUUUUCCUGGAUCAAUUCUUCCUCUUUACUAGAUGGAGUCAGGUUCUAAACGUUGUUGCCGACAACCUGGCAUCUACGGAGGUCGUUGCGUACCAAAAGACGCUUCCAAUUACGCCACUUGCCCGAGCUCUCCACAUGGAUAUCGCUAGCACCAUUGAGCUGCGAGAGCACAUCCGCUUUCACAAAGAUGUUAUUCGCCAGAUUAAAUCUUGCGUUACCUCGGCCGCAGAGAGGAAACGGGGCUCCGGUUAUGUUGUCGAUGAUUUGUUCAUGCAGCGAUUAAAAGGACUUUUUCAUGUCCUGGAGCACUACGAGAGGUUGAUAGAGACAACCCGAGAGCAGCUGCAGAAUCUCCUGAGUCUGGUCUUCAAUGCCGAGACCGUCGAGCAAGGAAAGCUAGUGUCUAGACUAACCGCCUUGGCUUUCGUGUUUAUUCCCCUCUCUCUUGUUGCAGUGAGUUUUCUGACUGGUAUCUUCAAGAACAUUGAGAGAGCUAAUGAGUAUUUCGAACUGAAGACCGUCUUCGGAAUGACUGAAGCGCACAUCUCUCCGAAAUGGUACGCCGCAAGCGCCGCACCAGUACUGAUCCUCACUAUUGCCGCGGCCUCCAUCCUACCCCCAAUAUUCGACGCAUGGGAUAACUACCGCGUCCGCUUCACGCGAACCAACUCCACAGCAAUCGAAGGGGCAUCCCAAUCCGAGCAAGCGCAAGCACGCGCCGCCAAAGAGCAACUCACAAGAGCGACGACAUUCGAGCUCGAAAAGCACCGCCGUCGCCAGUCUCUGUCUAGCCAGACACACCUGCCAAGCAAGUCCGUCCAGAACCUUGCUGGCGCGCGGCUUUUUGGCGGCCCUGUGCAGGAGAACGCGGCGAGUGCCAAGUCCGCCCGCUAUUCGGGGGCGACGAUGAACGCGGCGCCGGUUUUUAGGGGCGCUAGUGAGGUCGAGAAACGUAUGCGCGAUACGCGUGGUAGAAGACGCUUGGAUUAUGAUUCACCGAGCUGGUAUCAGGUGUAG